GCGGGCGCACGCGCGGUGCGGAUGCUCGCGCCGCCGUUCGCGCCGCCGUUCGCGGCGCGGCUCCAUGGGGAGAACAUGGCUCCGUUCCCCGAGGAGGUGGACGUGUUCUCCGCCCCGCACUGGCGCAUGAAGCAGCUCGUGGGGCUCUACUGCGACAAGCUUUCCAAGACCAACUUCUCCAACAACAAUGAUUUUCGGGCUCUGCUGCAAUCUCUUUAUGCUACAUUCAAGGAAUUUAAGAUGCACGAACAGAUCGAAAAUGAGUGUAUCAUUGGUUUGCUUCAGCAGCGUAGCCGGACAGUGUACAAUGUGCACUCGGACAACAAACUCUCCGAGAUGCUUAGCCUUUUUGAGAAAGGGCUAAAGAAUGUCAAGAAUGAAUAUGAACAGCUCAACUAUGCGAAACAGCUGAAGGAGAGAUUGGAAGCCUUUACCAGAGAUUUCCUUCCUCAUAUGAAAGAGGAAGAGGAGGUUUUUCAGCCAAUGUUGAUGGAAUACUUCACUUACGAAGAGCUGAAAGAUAUUAAGAAGAAAGUAAUUGCACAGCACUGCUCACAGAAAGAGGCUGCAGAAUUCAGAGGUCUCAGUAAGUGGAAUCAAGCAGAAGAGCUUCAGAAGGUCUUUAAGUAUUCUGUGGAUGAGAAGACAGAUCAAGAAACCGAAGUAACAGGGCACACCACAAAUAUUACUAAUCUCCCUCCUGAAGUAAUGGUGACCAUUUUCAGUUACCUUAAUCCCCAAGAGUUAUGUCAGUGUAGUCAAGUAAGCGCUGAAUGGUCACAGUUGGCUAAAACUGGAUCUCUGUGGAAACAUCUUUACCCUGUUCGCUGGGCCAGAGGGGAUUGGUACAGUGGUCCUGCAGCAGAUACUGAGACUGAACCUGAUGAGGAAUGGGUGAAAAACAGAAAAGAUGAAAGUCGUGCUUUCCAGGAAUGGGAUGAAGAUGCUGACAUAGAUGAAUCUGAAGAAGCAGCUGAAGAGUCACUUGCCAUUAAUAUAGCACAAAUGGAAAAACGUUUACUUCAUGGCCUAAUUCAUCAUGUCCUCCCGCUUGUAGGCUCCUCAGUGAAGACACUGGUAUUGGCCUACAGUUCUGCAGUGUCCAGCAAAAUGGUUAGACAGAUCUUGGAGCUUUGCCCCAACUUGGAAUAUUUGGAUCUCACUCAAACCGAUAUUUCAGACUCUGUAUUUGAAAGUUGGUCUUCAGUUGGGUAUUGUCAAAAUCUACGCCACCUUGAUCUGUCUGGAUGUGAAAAAAUUACAGAUGUGGCUAUAGAGAGGAUUUCCAGAGCACUGGGUAUCAUAUCAACUCAUCAUACCAGAGGUGUUCUGAAAAGCUGCAGAAACAGGAACUCUAAGACUUUGUGGAAAAACAGAGAGAUUACACUGCAGUCCAACGAGAAAUAUAAUGGUUUGCAUGAAAUCAGCAAUGAAAAUCUCAUUCAGGGAGGAAAUGGUGAGCAGCACUGGACUAAACCUGACGGCUCAGAAAACUUCAGUUCUGCUUAUGUGUGGAUGCUAGAUGCAGAUGAUUUAGCUGACAUUGAAGAUGCUGCAGAGUGGAGACACAGGAACGUUGAAGGAUUUUGUCUUAUGGAACCAACAUCCCAUAUUAAUUGUUCUGCAUUGUGCUACAAUAGAGACAUUUAUGGGUUAAGGACUAGAGGGUGGCAGCAGCACUGUGCUUCUACUGACUUGAUUUACUGCGGUCACUCGUUUUGUUGUGCUGGGACAGCACUAAGAACUAUUCGAGCACUUCCAGAGUCCUCUGCACUGUGUAGAAAACCAAUAAGGACUAAGCAGUCAGAGAAAAAAGACUCUGCAUACUCUGGGAGUGAAAAAACAGAGGAAGAGACUGCACGAGUUCUUCAGUUCCUCAGUCUGUCAGGCUGUUACCAGAUAACAGACCGUGCUCUCAGGGCACUGACUCUGGGAGGAGGACUGCCGCAUCUGGAGCACCUGAACCUCUCGGGCUGUCUCACUGUAACUGGGGCAGGCCUGCAGGAGCUGGUUUCUGCAUGCCCCUCUCUAAAAGAUGAACACUUUUACUACUGUGACAACAUUAACGGUCCUCAUGCUGAAACCGCCAGUGGAUGCCAGAAUUUGCAGUGUGGUUUUCGGGCCUGCUGCCGCUCUGGCGAGUGACCGCUGACGUCUGAUCCUCUACUCCAUUUAGCUGAGCAGGCUUCCUCUCAUGCACUUUACUUACAGCUUGCAUCUUGUGUUAACAAUCCUUGGAGUGAGACUUGUUAUACUAGCCUGACCCUGCCCACAACUUCAGAAUCUUAAUUAUGAGUGUACUGUACAGUGUUGUAACAAUUUCACAACCUCAUUUGGCUUGAAGGGUGUUGGGUUUCAUUUUACAUAAUUUGGGAAAGAUGGGAAACUCUUCAGUUCUUUUUUUUUAAUGCCACUUUCUUCCAAUUUUGGCACUUAACUGUACUUUACUGAAUUAUUUUGUGUUAGGUGAUUUUCUUUUUUUAAUUUUGAAUCCGUAAGUACCAUAUAAAGCUCCGCAGAGAAUUUGAAUUUUACUGUUUUCAUUUGGGUAACAAUUAUACAUCUUUAGGAGCCUGGUUUCUUCCCCUUUCCUCUCAUCCUGAAGUUGUUCUUUUUAUUGCAAAAUUAGGGAAAUUGCCAUCUUCCUUUUGCAUUUGGUUUUGUAUUUGGGCUUGAAAGACAUAAAUAAAACAUUCCCACCAAUAAAAAAA